AGGUAUGGAGAAAAUUGACAUGGAAAAUUCAGAGGAUGAGAGGAAAACGAGGCUCGGGUCUUUGAAGCAGAAGGCGAUUAACGCGUCGAAUAAAUUCAGAAAUUCGUUGAAUAAGAGGGGCAGAAGGAAUAGCAGAGUUAUGUCCGUCGUGUUUGAAGACGAACACGAUGCAGAGGAAUUACAGGCUGUCGAUUCAUUCCGUCAGGUACUCAUCCUCGAGGAAUUGCUCCCCUCCAAACACGACGACUACCACAUGCUACUUAGGUUUUUGAAGGCGAGGAAAUUCGAUAUCGAGAAAACGAAGCAAAUGUGGGGUGACAUGCUUCAAUGGAGGAAGGACUUUGGUUCCGACACCAUCAUGGAGGAUUUCGAAUUCAAGGAGAGAGAAGAGGUGCUAAAAUACUACCCGCAAGGGCAUCACGGCGUAGACAAAGAAGGUAGACCUGUCUACAUCGAGAGGCUCGGUCUAGUGGACCCCACAAAGCUCAUGCAAGUUACUACAUUGGACCGUUACAUUAACUACCACGUUCAAGAAUUUGAGAGGACGUUUAUCGAUAAGUUUCCAGCUUGCUCGAUUGCUGCUAAAAAACAUAUUGAUCAAAGCACAACCAUUUUGGAUGUCCAAGGAGUGGGGCUGAAGAAUUUCAAUAAGGCGGCUAGGGAACUCAUUCAGCGCCUUCAGAAAGUCGAUGGUGAUAAUUACCCUGAGACACUAUUCCAAAUGUAUAUUAUCAAUGCAGGAUCUGGAUUUAGGCUGUUGUGGAACACUGUUAAGUCGUUUCUCGACCCAAAAACCACCGCCAAAAUCCAUGUUUUGGGUAAUAAAUACCAGAGCAAACUACUUGAAGUUAUUGAUGCAAGUGAACUGCCCGAGUUUUUGGGCGGCACGUGCACUUGCGAAGAAAAGGGUGGUUGUAUGCUCUCCGAUAAGGGCCCUUGGAACGAUACCGAGAUUAUGAAGGUUGUUAAUAGUAUGAAGAAAACAAACUCGUUCGAUCCAAUGAGCACUGGUAAUAGGGAAUAUAUUACACAUCCGCAGCUCUCCCCUGUUCAUGAAGAAGUAACGAGAAACUCUGCCACGGCAUUUGAGUCCGAACAAUAUGUUUGCAUGGUCGAUAAAACCGUCGCUGCAAAAUGGAAAAAAGCAGCACAAUGUGACAAUUAUGCCCUUUCUAGAGCUACGGAUUUUUUCCCGGUCCACAACACGGCAUGCAAAAAUUCGGAUGGGCUGAGCAACCAUCUAUUCACCGGAGUAUUGACUUUUGUGAUGGGAGUUAUGACCAUGGUUCGUAUGACGCGUAAUAUGCCCAAGAAGCUGACGGAUGCCACGCUGUACUCGAGUUCGAUGCGCGGUGUGGAUGAAAUGAUUAAGCCUCGUCCGCAUGCGUACGAUUUGCCGGAAGCUGCUAUCUCCCGAGCCGACUAUUUGAUUAUGAUGAAAAGAAUGAACGAAAUGGAGGAGAAGAUGAGUAUUCUUUGCCAGAAGCCCGUAACUAUGCCGCCUGAGAAGGAGGAGAUGCUGAAUAGUGCUUUGAACCGUGUUGAUGCCUUGGAGCAAGAGCUUUCUUCGGCCAGAAAGGCUUUGGAGCAAGCUCUGUCUCAGCAAGAGGAGCUGCUCGCCUACAUUGAGAAAAAGAAGAAGAAGAAGAAGUUCUUCGCUUUCUGAACGAAGAAAACCACAUUGACAGUGAAGUUGAUAGCGUCUCGAUUAUUCUUGUAGAAAAAUUGUGUUGUUUUUUUUCCAUUUUUUUAGCUCCCCACAAUACGAUAUAUAUAUAUAUAUCCUUGGAUCGGCAAACAGGUGUUUGCUUUCUUGUACCGAGUUUUGUGUUUAAAACGUUGUUUUUUUUCUUUCGGAAUUACGCGGCUUGCUGUUUGUAUUAUUUUAGUGUGUAAAGUGAUGUUUUGGUGUUGUAUGGAAUUGUAAGCAACCAUUGGCAAGCCAAGCUUUCUCUCCUUGGCCAGUAAAACUGUUUAUGGCUCUUUCUUUGUUUAAACUACAAUAACUAAUAAUGAAUUUACACCUAAAUAAGGUGUUUUGAGUGUUUAUACAUCUUUCUUUUUCUUUU